GUCCCGCGCAACUACUCAGAAGCUUUCUCACGGCCAAACUGUAGACAAGUAGCGUCACUGGGGAUUUAGUGGUAUCCUUGCCGUAAUCAUCCAGGGAGAGCACAGGAGGAAGCAGCAGCAGCAGGCUUGCUUGCCCGCUAGCGGGGCGCUGGCCCGUCUCCCAUUUCCGCCGCCCCGCCCGGCAUGAGCGCCCAGGGCGGCGGCGGCGGCGGUGGUGGCGGCGGCAGCAGAGUUGGUGGCGUUGGCACCAGCGGCGGCGCAAGCGCGGGUACAGGCGCUGGCGCUGCCAGCAGCAACGGCUUCACCAGCGGCAUGACCCGCGGCUCCUCGGGCCUGUCCGUGUCAGCUUCCACGCCGCCGCUGACCUCCAGUGCCAGCAUGCGGGGGCUUGGUGCAGCCGCCGCCGCCGCCGCCGCCGCGGACACCAAAUUGACGUCCGGCGCCGCGCCCCCGCCGCUGUCGCUGCGGGCGCAGUCGGCCAGGGUUCUGGCGAGCAGCAACAGCACACCAGGCGCCGUCAGCUGCGCCCCCAGCGGCAGUGCCGCCGCCGCCGCGGUGGUGGCGGCGGUGAACGCGGCGGCGCAGCGGGGCGCCAGCGGCGGCGGCCCGCCGCGCACCUCCAGCAGCGGCGCAGCGGCGGCCGCCAGGACUGCGCCCAGCGGUCCUGUGGGGCCCAACCAGGCUGGUGCCUCCGCCAGUUCCGCUGGUGGAGGCGGCGGAAGCGGUGGCGGCGCCGGGCCCAGCUCCGAGCACUUGCCAGCGCCGCAGGGGCUCAUGAUGUCGCGGUCAGUGCCCAGCGCGCCACUGCCGGCGCCGCACCGCAUGCACAGCCCCGCCACCUCCACCACACCCGGCUCCUCAGCACACGGCACACCGGGGACGCCCACGACAUUGCAUGCCGGCGGCGGCGGUGGCAGCGGCGGCGGCGGCAGCGGUGCGGAGACGGUGGCAGCGGCGACGGCCGCCGCGGUGGCGGCCGCGGUGGCGGCUGCGGCGGCUGGGCCGGCGCCGCGUGGUGAGGGCGGGGCAGGCCAUCGGCCACCGCUGGCGCCGGCCACGGCCAGCGCGCGGGCAGUCCUAGGCAGUAGUGGUGGCGGCGCUAGCUCUGCCAGCGGCGGCGGUGGAGGGGGCAGCGGUGGUGGUGGGCUGCCGCCGCGGCCAGGGCACGGGAGUGGCGGCGGUGCCGCAACCACCUCUGCAAAGCAGCUCCUAUCCGGCUCCACGGCAGGAUCAGCGCCAGCAUCAGCACCAGCGUCAGCAGUGCUCGCGUCAAAGCCCGCUGUGACGCCCGUGGCUGUGCCCACGGUGACCAGCUCGGCCGCGCCGGCACCCCACACCGCUACCAACUCCAAAGCCAACGCCCCGCCGCAAACGCCCCUCAACCUCCACCACGGCUCCGCCUCUACGCCCGCCAGCCCCUCGCUCCGCGCGGCCGCCGCCGCCGCCAUCGCCUCCGCGUCCAACACUGGCACGGCAUCGCCCCGACCCACAUCGCCGCCCACGCCGCCCAACCACCACCCCUACCACAACGACCCCAACUCCGCCACCUCCUCCGCCGCGCCCGUGCCGCGCAGCACGCACGGCACGGCGGCUGCGGCGCUGGAAGCCUCGCUCUCUCGUGCUGGGCUCGUGGCCGUCGUGGACUUGACCGUUGCACUGUACAAGUUCGUGAACAUCGAGCUGCACAGCCAGGGCUGGUACGCUGUGCGUGUGCGGGUGGUACACAGCCCUGACGUCACGUGUGUGGUGCACACGGUCGUGCAGCAGACGCCGCCGGCACCAGCUGCAGGCGGCGCGGCGGCGGCGGGUGGCGGGGUGGUGGGCGGCGGCGCGGCGGCGGCGGCUGUUGGAGCAGGCGGUGGAGGCUGCGGCGCGGCGCCGGGUGGGCACGACCGGGCGAGCCCUGUUAGCGGGGGCGGAGUGGACGCCGCUGCGGUGAAGCGGCAGGGCUGGGUGGUGGACGAGGCGGCGUGCUCCUUCCGCAGCGCCGUGUUCCGUGUGCGCUACUGCUAUGAGGAGGUGAAGCUGCAGACGGCGGUGCAGAUGCGCCUGUUCCUCAGCAACCUACAGGCCCUGCCCAACAUGGACGUGACGCUGGAGUUCGAGCUGCUGUUCCAGGAGGCCAACCUGGACAACCCCGCCGCGGUGCCCGAGGAGUUCCACCUGCGCAGCGUUGCGCGCGAGUCUGUGACGCUGGCGGGCUGCUCCGCCGGCCUGGCGCACUUCUACGGCUGCACCUUCAGCGACGAGCAGUUCGGGCUGUGCGCCGCCGGCCUGUUCAGCCAGCUGGCGGGCUUCGCGCCCCGGGAGGCGCUGGACGGGUUGCGGCAGCGGCCCAACGGCAGCAACUGGCUCUGCCAUUUCGCCGGCGACGGGCGGCGGGGUGCACCGGACAGGGGCAACGACGCGGGUCCGUCCCUCCUUGGCGGCGGCGCCACGGCCCAGGUGGUGCGCGUGUCCACCUCGCGCGCCGCGGACACAGUGGACUUCUCCGACCAGGAGCUGCGCAAGAAGGUCAUCCGCAUACUGCACUCGGUCCUCGAGGCGCCUUCCGUCAAGCACGGCGCACAAGCCAUCCCCACCGAGGCCGAGCGCCACGAGCGCAUGCUCGCCGCCUUCAGCCUGCUGGUGGAGACGCACAAGCGCUCGCGCGACCGCGUGGCUGCAGCCCUGCGCCUGGCGCCGCCCGAGUGCUACAGCCCGCAGACGCUGGAGGUGCUGCGGAAGCUGCUGGCAGGGCAGCACGGCCCGGGGGCGGCGGCGGGGGUGGGGCAGCAGGGGAGUGGUUCCGCGCCGUCCACGCCGCCGCGGUGGCCCGCCGCCGGAGGCGGCGGCGGCGGCGGCGGGCCGGCACCGCAGGCGCCAGCCAGCCCGCUACGCGGCGGCACGCCCCGCGCGUCGCAGCAGCUCGCGAAGAUCGGUGGCGCCGGAGGCGCUGGCGGCGGAGCCGCCGCCGGCGCCGCCGCAACCGGCGAGGGCCCCGUGGCCGUGCCCAGCCUGGGCCAGUUCCGUCUGGCGCUGCAGCAGCACCCCACCACGGCGGCGGCCCUGGCGCAGCUGGACGGGCUGCUGGUGGGCCUCAGCCGCGACGCGCGCACGGACUGGUCGGUGCUGGGCUGGGUGCUGCGCACGGCGCCGCGCGAGCUGAUGCGCCACCUCAAGCUGCUGUGGGAGGGCGAGCAGCCGGACGCCGUGCUGCCCUUCAUCGUGUGGGACGUGGCGGCCGGUCGCGACGCCAUCGCGGCCAGGGCGGCACAGCAUCGCCUCGACCUGCGGGCACAGCGCUUCCCCCUGCCUGCCGUGCAAACGUCGUCGCUGUGGGGCUCGCCCGGGGACCAGCCCGUGCUGCUCAUAGACGACUCCCAGGGCGUCAAGUGGCUGCAGGAGAGCGAGCAGCACUUCGACGCCAACUUCCGGCCGCGGGACGAGACGCAUGUGGCCAUCUUCGUGCACGGCUUCCAGGGCGCAGCCACCGACCUGUGUCUGGUCAAGGCGCACCUCAUGCUCAUGUACCCCUACCUCGAGUGCUUCAGCAGCAAGACCAACGAGGGCAACACGCACGACUCGCUGCAGGAGAUGGGCAAGCGGCUGGCGGUGGAGAUGGCGGAGGUGCUGGCGCCCUUUGCCAGGUCCACGCGCCGGCCGCUGCGCAAGAUCACGCUCGUGGGCCACUCCAUCGGGAACCUGAUCUUGCGCGCCGCGCUGACUCAGCCCGAGGUGGAGCCGUACAAGCACCUGCUGUGGCUGUACCUGUCCGUGUCGGGGCCGCACCUGGGCUUCCUGUACGGCACCAACGCCGUGGUGGACACCGGCCUCAUGCUGCUCAAGAGCAUCGGCAAGGGCAAGUGCCUGCACCAGCUGACGUUCUCUGACGCGCCGCAGCUGACGGACUGCUACUUGUACCGCCUGGCGCACGAGUCGCCGCUCAGCGUGUUCAAGCUUGUGGUGGUGGUGUCCAGCCCGCAGGACCGAUAUGUGCCCUACCACUCCUCCUCCAUAGGCAGCUGCCCGCAGGCUGAGCGCGACAGCCGGCGUGGGCGCUGCUACAACGACAUGAUGCGCGCGCUCACGGCGGGCGUGGGGCAGGGCACGCACCUGUUCCGGCUGUCGGUGGACUUCAGCCUGCGCAGCAAGAGCUUCAGCUUCUCAAAGCUCGUUGGCAGGACGGCGCACAUCGAGUUCAUUGAGAGCCAGCUGUACGUGGGGCUGAUGAUGUGGGGCCUGGUGCACCGAUACACAAUGCUGGCACCCUCGCCGCACAGCUGGCUGUAGCUGGCGCGGUGCUGGCGUGCGGGCGCUGCGGGUAGACUGUUGGUGGCAGUAGCAGUAGCAGCCGGCGGCGGCACGGUUCGAGUAAGCGGGUGGUAAUGAGGGUGGCGAUCAGCGGUUGUCGUGGCAGGACUGAUUCGCGCCGACUGAGGCAAAAGCGCAUUGCAGGUGGGUGAGCAGGUGGUGAUGGUGGACAGGGGUGGCCCCCCUCAUGGUGUGGGUGGCGUGGGCCACCCCUAGCUCGAAUGCUCGAUGUGUCGCAGUGUUGCUGACAUGGGAGACAGGCAGGCAGCUCAGUUCGUAUGUCGGAAGGGCUUUAGGAAGCGGCUAGCGGAACAAUUCGUGGAUGACACAGGACGUACAGAUUAUGAGUGACAUGACGGCAAUGCCGGUAUACAUGCGGGUCCUUACGCCGAUGUGGAGUGUGGACUGGCCCUCAAAGGCGAGCUUCAACGCAGGGUAAGAGGGAUUGAGAAUCCCCAUAUGCGUGGCGAAAGGCAGAAGGUUGGCGCGCGCCGUCCGGGUCCGCGUCCGGGUCCGCGCCGUCCGGGUGAAACAGGCUGGCGCGCCGUCCGGGUCAAACGCACAGGCCUUCGUGCCCGGAGCCCCAGAUAUCGACGUGCUUUACGAGGGUGUAUACGCAGACCAGAGCGGAAGGCGGGGUAUGCGGUACUGACUACUGACACAUCAUAGGUUGCCGCAAAGAUCAUAGGUUGCCGCAAAGAUCCGA